ACGGUUGUCAAGGUCCAAGUCUUCACCUCCUCUUACUGUCCUUCGUACAUCUUCAUCUUCAAUCCUAUCCAACCAUCUUCUCUGUCCUCCACUGUGAAUCAAUCUACCUUCUUGAAUAAGAAUUCAGUCUUAGCAUAGUCCACGUCCAUCGUAUCGCCCCCCCCAGCCAAAUACGAUCUCCGGCAGAUCGCCUUUUACGUUACUUUUACCAAACGCAAACAAGGAGAAGGAGAAGGGGAAAGACAGAGAGGGAAAAAAAAAGAGAAACCCUCCGCGCCUCCAUCAUUCUCGCCACCUCAUCAAAUUCGGACUCCUGUUGUACAGCUCUCCAUCUCUCAUCUCAGAUUUGACCCAGCCCUGGUUCAGACAAUACUCAGACAAGCUGCCCUACCACCAGCGAUACUUGUUUCGAUCGUGGCUCCAUCGUCGCUCGUUACGAGGGGAGUUGAGCACUAGCUUUCCCCCUUUGGAGGGCCAUUGAGGCAAUCCUUGAGACCAACAGGCUGUCGAAGAUCACUUCCAGUUGCACGUCUUCGAAAGGUGUCCGGCGUUUUCGCCAAAUCGUGCGCCUAACUCGAUCUGCCCUCCUUCGCCCUGUCAGCACGCUCCUGGCGGGCCUCGCUCAGCACACACUUACGGAGGACACAAGACACUCUGGGUAGUGGGCGACGGGGUCGUAAGUGGCCCGGAGCGAACUCUUCUCGAAUAAUUACAUCCUUACCCACUCUCAACCCUGGUGACCCUGCCCUCCCACUACCCCCCCUGCCAGGGCCACCGAGCCCAGGACCUUGCUUAGCCUGCGGCUUAAGUGGCUCCACUAUCCUCGUGGUCUCGUGGUGAGCAAUCCCGGCUCUUCGUGGGUCGUGGGUUGCGCCCCGUUGGUGUUUCUGCCACACUACUACGUCGACCGCCAGUCCUGCUCCUCUGGCCCUCUGAAAUCGCCCAGUACGAGGGCGAUGCUGUGCGGAACCUGUCCAAAUCCUGAGCAUCUUUACCCGCAUGAUUUCCAGUCUUCUCCAUGCCCGAGCCAACGGAUGUGUCAGUGAACGACUCUAUGACUUCGGCGCCUGUUCCAAAUUUACCUGCCCAAGUCGUUUCGCCUGAUAUCGCCCACGAUUCCUCUUCCGCCUCGACUACUUCGCCUCGUACCGACUCUACUCGCCCACCGCAUCACCACCACACCAGUUCAACCAGCCUCAACCAAAGCAAGAGUCGACGGUCGCUGGCAUCUUUGGCACGCGAGAAGACAUCUAACGCCUUCGCAAACCUGGCCUCCCUGGGCACAAGUUCCACACCAAGUCUGCGCUCGGCAACCUCGUCAGGAAGUCUUUCCAAACAGCCUGCCGCUUCCAGCGUCCCACGACCAAGUCUUCCGCGCUCACCAACGUCGCCAGAAUUGCUGGUGGCGGCACAGUCGCGGAGAACGAGCGGAGUUCCCCUUCCAGUCCAAGAAUCGAGAAACAGCACGACGGUCCCAUCAAUGCCGAACCAGGACAGGAAAGAUGGGAAAAUGCACCAGACGUCUUCCAAGAUAUUGCGCAUGACCGACGAUGAGCGACCCUUUACCCGGGACUUUCAAGACUUAUUCGCCACCCUCAUUACCAGCCUGCCACUCACCCCUCACCGGGUCAGGUUCUCGAGGGUCGAAGAGACGUUCUUGUCAGAAGAGGCCAUCACCAAUCUCGGCUCUCUGAAAUUCUCUCAAUCCAAUCGCAUACCUGACCCGAAGAACCCAUCAAGAUGGGUCGUCACAACAACGACGACAACCUUUUCCAUGGCCAAGGAAAUGGCUCGCUCGGUGUGCCAGCGGUUUGUGGAUGCGCGGCUGAUCGAAUCUGCCGAAUCCAAAGGGAACAACGUCUUUGUGACCAAGGGUGGCGUGUGGCAACUGACACCCAAAGGCUCUGCCACUCUACAUAGGUUCUGCAGUCGGAAUGGAAUCAAUGCCCGGCAUAUCGAGCCUAUACUACGGCGAAACCAGAUGCAGAUGGUAUCUCUGGAAAGGGACCCGGCCACCGACAAGCUUGUACAGGACAGGCCGACGAUUGAGAUCAUAUUCCGCAGAUUCAUGGGUUCAGAGGGUCCUAACCUGAAGAGUUCAACAUCCUUGUCAGACUCUGAUUCCGUGUCUGAGUAUGCUUCGGGACUUGUGGGUGUCAAGAUGGCCAAGGAACGAAGAGUGUUGGACAAACUGGUGAAUAACAGCUUCACUGGCAAAGCAGCAUCCGACUGGUUACUCGAUUGUUGCACGACUAUUGAUCGCAGGGAAACCUACGAGAUGGCGGAACUGUUUGUGAAGUGGCAGUUGAUGGCUCCGGUCGUGGAAGACCGAGCAUAUAUCCGCUUGAACCCGAUGGCCACGUACUUCCAACCCACCAAGUAUGCGAUCUACACGAUUACAGAGAGGGGACAACGGGUCUGCGGCUGGCUUGCACGGCCCGCGAGCAUUGACAGUGAAGAUAGCCGGGAUACGAAAGAUCACAAAAGCCGACUUGCUAGGGACUCCAAUGUCAGCCGAUUGAACGUGAUCCUGCAAGAUGCCGCCCUGCGGCUGCUCUUCAAAGAGUUUCUUAGGCAGUCACUCUGCGAGGAGAAUUUGCAAUUCUAUUUCGACGUGUCGGACUUCACCAGCAAUUAUCGAAGUCUCGAGAAGUCUGGAAAGCUGGACCGUCCUGAGGCUGUCAGGGAGACCCUUGCUGCUGCAUAUGGUAAGUUGGUCGAGGCUGCUUACUCCCCAAUCUUCCCUGGCUGAUCGGUCUAGGUCUCUACAACUCAUUUCUUGCUUCCGGGGCACCAUCCGAGCUCAACAUCGACCAUUCGCUACGGAACCGUCUCGACUCGCGAAUGAUCCGCACCAAUACUGAUGAUGAGUCUAUGCGUGAGAGUCUCGACGAAGUGGUCGACCUAUUUGAGCUUGCCCAGAGCGCCGUCUUCAAACUGAUGGCUAGCGAUUCUGUACCCAAAUUCCUCCGAGAUCCCAGGCACGCCGCGGUCCUUCGAGAUCACGAAAUCGACUUGAUCGGCUCGAACCGUGCAAUGUCACCCGCACCCGACCGGACCGUCAGUCGGUCGAAUACUCGAUCAUAACCUUUCUCCUUCCAUGAAUCUUUAUCGACGCCGACUUCGAAACAGGCCCGUCCGAGAGGUCCACGCUGAUUUCAGCGACAUCAUUUUUCAAAACCACAUUCUAAUGUGAUGAAUAUACGAAUUUAGAAUCUGUGGUACGGAUUCGUUGUACAAAAACGUCAUUACCUCAUUGCGGGCGAAGCUGGGGUGACCUUGCACGAGCAUGUCCAUGAGUCUCGCGAUUUGUCUUGUUGCGAGAAUAGAAUGAUUCUUAUUUCGGCAGUGUACUGCCACAUCUGUUGCAUACAAUCAUGUACAGGUCCUGCAUAGCGUGGUCGAAGGGGUGGCUGUGUGUUCUUUUUCUUACAACCGGGCAUAGCUUCAGGGGCGUGAGCACUCCAUUCUGCAUUUGCAUUGGAAAGAUACCCCUGCGGAGGACGCAAAUAAAGUGUGGAUAGGGAGGAGAGACGAGACAUCGAUGGGAUCGAGGUUAUCGAAGACAGUGAAUGGCUGAGCAAUGCGGAGGAGGAGGCUCGACACCUUGGUCGCUGGGUGCUUAAAGGCGUGGCUGUGGAUAGCUGUGUUGGAAACCACCAGGAGAUGGACUGAUCUUUCAAGAUAUUGCAGAAUAUGAACGUCUGUCCAACCACCUUCAGUUAUUCUCGUG